AUGUUUAAACUGAUUACCAAGCAGUCACCGAAGAAGUACAUCGAACAGGCGAGGACUCUACGCGUCGAUUCAACGAUCGCAGCCAGCAUCAGCGAUGCCAUGCUUGAAGCGGGAGACUCCUUUUCGGUGGUGACGGCACGUGGCAUCAGCUCCGUGUAUUCCGGCGACCUUUCCGCUGAGGGGCUUCUGGGCUCACAGGGCGCUGCGUUUCUGACGCUGGAAUACAAAAGCACGUCGCACACGGCGUAUGUAAAGAAUGGCGCCACGGGCGAGCUCAUUAUGAUGCUGGUGCGCGAGUCGAGGGAUAACUCGUGGCACGAAGAGGGAAAGUCGUACGCGCGCUUCGGCAACGCCACGGAGGCACGUCUGUGGUCCAACGGGCGGCCCGUGGGAGUUAACUACUCUGAGACUCUUAUGGACGUGGCACCUCGGUCGUUCAGUCAGGAGAAAGCACAGAUGGGGGCGUCCAUGAUCGAGGUGAUAAAGGAGAAAGUCGGUAACUCGAUCCGCUUGUACAAGCAGAAGGCGGAUGGGUCUCGGGGAAUUGAGGUUGCUGCUUACACCAAGGUGAAGAACGGUCCUGCGGCUGUUGCUGCUGCACUGGCUGCAGAUGAAAGUUCCAAUGGUGCUGCUGCUGCUGCUGCUCCUGCUGCUCCUGCUGCUCCUCCUCCUCCUCCUGCUGCUGCUGCUGCUGCUGCCCCCCUUGCUGCUGCUCCUCCUGCUGCGCCUGCUGCUGCUGCUGCUCCUCCUGCUGCUGCUGGUUUUGAAAGGCGUUGUGCUGAUCAAGAGUUGGAUGAUGAGCGUCCGUCGACGAAGGCUGCCGGGAUUGCUGUAGCUUUUGCAUCUGCUGCGAGAAUAGCUGAUCCUGGCGCUGCUGAAGCUGUGGCAGCUCCUGUUGUUGAGGCCUUGGCUGCUGCUGUCGCUGGUCAGUACCACUUGGAUCCUGAUGAAGUACUUGUGACAGCGGUAGCUGCCGUGGGUGUAACAGGGUGUCACAGCUUCCUGUAA